UACCGAUGUCAAAAACAGCUGAUCACGUGAGCUUCCUUUACACAGUAAUUUAAAUAAUGUCCGAAAAUUGAACAAAACGUGACUUUCUGCUUUAAAACAAGCCAAAAUAUGGCCGGGAAUAUAGGCCAAAUAAAAAACACCCAAGUGCUAGUGGAUCCUUCCCCAAAACUAAGAAACUUUAUCAAAGAUAUAAAAGUGGUGGGUGACAAUGUUCCUGUAGGCAUUCAAGACAUUAUUUAUAAAAAUAAGCCUGAUGAGGCAGCGGAGCAGAAACGAACGAGGCCUGAAUACCUUAUAACAGAGACGGAUAAAAAAUUUAUAAGUUCUUUGAAUUUGAAAGUGCCAAAUGUUGAACCUGAAAAACCAAAGCCUAAAAAGGUAUCAAAUAGCUCCAGGUUGUUGUCACUACAUGACUUGCACUGGCUGCAUGCCUAUGUACAAAAACAAAAUUCAGAUAACAACAAUAAAAUAUACCUCCAUGAGCUUUUGGAGGGAUCUGAAGUGGUUUUACCAAAAAACGAACUAAUCCCAAGAAACAAGGAGUUGGAAAAAAGAUGUCAAAAACUCAAAGCCGAACAACAAAACCGGGAGUAUGCAAACAUGACGAAAAAUGUGGAUAACUUCAGGAAGACCCUGCCAGAAGACACUAUCGGUUAUCAAAUUAAAAUGAUGAACAAACACCUUAUAGCAGUCUUUCAAUUUGUUGUAUCUGUGAUUACCGGGUUUGCCUUUGGUUAUGUCGGGGUCGAGUUGUUAAUCGGUAGUUUAGAUUUUGGGGUGAGGAUGGUGUUGGGGAUUUUUUGUGCCUUGACUGUUGCCACAGCUGAACUCUAUUUCUUGCUUAAAAAUCUGAAUGAAGAUAUGGAGUUCGAAAAUACUGCUAAGAAGAAAGCUAUUGAGCAUAAAGAGGGGACUAGUGUAAAAGAAUAGCUUAAUAAAUAUUAUUAGUGUAACUUUUAAGUAUGUAAGCUUAAACAUGAGUAAAAUAUUAUCACUUA